CGCGCCGGAAGCGCGAUUCACACGGGUCCCACGGCAGGUGGCGUGGAUGGCCGGCUUCGCUGAGCUCGGGUUGUCUUCAUGGCUCGUGGAACAAUGUCGGCAGCUGGGUUUGAAGCAGCCUACGCCCGUGCAACUCGGCUGCAUCCCCGCCAUCCUGGAGGGUCGGGACUGCUUAGGCUGUGCCAAGACAGGCAGCGGCAAGACAGCGGCAUUUGUUCUUCCCAUCUUGCAGAAGCUGUCUGAGGAUCCCUAUGGUAUCUUCUGCCUUGUCUUGACACCCACUAGGGAGCUGGCCUACCAGAUCGCAGAGCAGCUCCGAGUCCUGGGGAAGCCUCUGGGCCUGAAAGACUGCGUCAUCGUCGGUGGCAUGGACAUGGUGGCCCAGGCUCUGGAGCUCUCCCGGAAACCACAUGUGGUCAUUGCCACACCAGGGCGCCUAGCCGAUCACCUCCGCAGCUCCAACACCUUCAGCAUAAAGAAGAUCCGCUUCCUGGUAAUGGACGAGGCCGACCGGCUGUUGGAACAGGGCUGCACAGACUUCACUGCGGACCUGGAGGUCAUCCUGGCGGCCGUGCCGGCCCACAGGCAGACACUGCUAUUCAGCGCCACCCUAACCGACACGCUCAGGGAGCUGCAAGGCCUGGCCACCAACCAGCCCUUCUUCUGGGAGGCACAGGCCCCGGUGAGCACCGUCGAGCAGUUGGACCAGCGCUACCUGCUGGUGCCUGAGAAAGUCAAGGAUGCCUACUUGGUCCACCUGAUCCAGAAGUUCCAGGAUGAGCACGAGGACUGGUCCAUCAUCAUCUUCACUAACACGUGCAAGACCUGCCAGAUCUUAUGUAUGAUGCUGCGCAAAUUCAGCUUCCCUGCCGUGGCUCUGCAUUCCAUGAUGAAACAGAAAGAACGCUUUGCCGCCCUGGCCAAGUUCAAGUCCAGCAUCUACCGGAUCCUGAUUGCGACAGACGUGGCUUCCCGGGGCCUGGACAUCCCCACAGUGCAGGUGGUCAUCAACCACAACACCCCCGGGCUCCCCAAGAUCUACAUCCACCGAGUCGGCCGGACGGCCCGUGCAGGGCGACAAGGACAAGCCAUCACACUGGUGACACAGUAUGACAUCCACCUGGUGCAUGCCAUCGAGGAGCAGAUCAAGAAGAAGCUGGAGGAAUUCUCGGUGGAGGAGGCCCAGGUGCUGCAGAUCCUCACGCAGGUCAACGUGGUUCGGAGAGAGUGUGAGAUUAAACUGGAGGCGGCCCACUUUGACGAGAAGAAAGAAAUCAACAAGCGGAAGCAGCUGAUCCUGGAGGGGAAGGACCCUGACCUGGAGGCCAAGCGUAAGGCCGAGCUGGCCAAGAUCAAGCAGAAGCACCGGCUCUUUAGGGAGAAGGUGGAACAGACGCUGCGGCGGCAGAAGGCAGCAGGGCGGGCUGCCCGGGGCGUCCACCCAGCACCCCGCCCGGGGCCCGCCCAGAGCCCAGCCUGAGCCCCACACGGCCCCUGCCUCCCCAGUUUGAGGGACCUCUCCUGGGGUCUGCCCAGUCCCCCUCAGCAGACCCUGUGGGCAACGAGCCCCUCGUCCCUGUGCCCCCCGCUGUCCCCUUCUUGGAGCCUUGGCCGAGAGGCCGCAGAGGAGGAAGGAACACACUGGCCAGGAGGUUGGACUGAACUCCAUGUAGUACGCCCGGGCCAGGGUCACCCCCAGAGGAGCCGUGUGCAGCAGG